AUGCACGAUUUACUGUUCGGAUUUAUUGAACCCCACUCUCCACACAAAUCAGAAUCUCAUGUGUCAAUUCUUCUCGCGUCUUCCGGAAAGGCAGAGACGCUCCUCCUCAUUGGCCUAGUCAUCUUGGGCUUCGCUGUAUUUGCCUACCUUGAACCGGCAGCUCAGGAGUUGAUUGAGGCAUCGGGCAGUCGUGUUAUUGCCACAACCGUCAUCUUUAUCCUCAUGGGCAUCGGCGCACUGACCCUGAUCGUAGCUCUUUUUGGAUGCUGUGGGGCCUACCAUGAGUCCGCCGGUCUGCUGGCUACCUACUUCACCUUCUUGAUCAUUAUCUUCACCGUCCAGGUCGUGGGUGCCACCCUCGGUUACGUAUACCGGGAUCAAGUAAGUGCAGAUUUUAUCUUGUGA